AUGAUCUAUCAAAUCAAGUGGACCGAAAAGGCCCCCAAGUCGACGUCAUCUUCUUCAGAAUCAUCAUCUGGAUCCGUUAGAAAAGUGCCUGUUCGUCAGUGUUUCUCCUCUAAUUCUUCUGCGUCUUCCACGUCUUCUGCUGCUUCGUCAGACUCGUCGGAAGCGGAUUCCGAGCCAGUUCCGUUGGUGAAGAAGGCGUCGUCAAUGAUAAAAAUUUGUGGAAAAAUCCGUUGUGACGGUCCUUGUGCUCAAAUCGUCGAACAGACGAAAACCAUGCAGUUCGGAUGUGAUCAUGUGAUCUGUGAGAUGUGUCGUAAGAAAUCGCCAAGUGCCGCACUUUUCGAUGGUUCCCCGGGAUGUUGUAACGAGAGUUGUAUCAAGAUGGCCAAGGAGAAUGGGGAUAAGUUGUGUGUUGGACAAUCGGAUUCGCAGGUGUCGAUUUGUUCGAGAGUUGACGCUGUUGAAUCCAUCCCAACUCAUAUUUGUAUUCUCAAGAACUAUCGUCAUGACGUUCUUCGAACUGUGAUGGAGUUUGAGUAUCCGUCAAACGGACGUCUUCAGAUGAUUGUCAAAAGUUUGGCGUAUUAUAAAGACCUAAUUGGCAACUCUCGUUUUUACUACUGUAGCCGCAAACCGACUCAUCGUUCGGAUCUCCGUCCAAUCUCACUGACUGAUACGAAUCUUCGCUUUUACGAUAUUGUCGAUAUGAAAAAUGGACCAUACUUGUAUCUCAUUAUUGUCGCUCGGGAUAUUCAAUUUUGUUGA